CGCCGCUACGACCGCGUACGUCGCUACGCCGCGUAGCCACUUCCGACUACGCCGCUACGAAGCCUACAAAACAAUCAACUUAUGUGACUGUGUAUAUAUUCAAUAGGAUUUUGUGUGUGUGUACUCUUGUGUUAUAUUGAAGAGUUGGAUAGUGGAAUAUUGCAGCGGUGUACAAGGCACUUUUCUGCGGUUAUACUGGUUUUAAGACAAUAAAUCAAGAACGAACGAGUUCCCAACUGUCAUCGAGCUGUCAGAGCAACAACUAGCGAACAAAGCGUGGCGAGAAGUGGAAUAGUUCAGUGUUGGCCGUGAGCGGUGGCGAGGGAACAUGAGGCGGCGGGGCGGAGGGGGAUAGCAUGACAGCGCGUGCCACGGCGGCCUGAUGGCGCUGGUGCGCCGGAUAUUAGGCGACGCCCAGGCGAAACUCCGCAAGAUGGUGGACGAGCAGGUGUCCGUCGGCGCCCGCGUGGAGGCAGACGCGGAGCCUGAGCCCGCUGACCCCCUCAUCACACCUGCCAGCUCAGUCUUCAGCUCAGACGUACCUCCAGCGCCCCCUGAGCGAAGACUCCUCAUGGGCACCUUGGAUAAACCAAGAAAUGGCUCGCUAAAUGGUGACAAAGAAGCAACACUCAACAGAGGAGCUAGACUUUCUAUCAGAAAUGGGAAGGAUAAUCCUUUUAUAGAUGAUGACAAUAAAGAAAAUCAAGCGAAUGGAAAACUUGAGUCACCUAUCAAAUGGUCGACGCAGAACGGGAGUGACAGCGGGACGUAUGCCGAAAUUGGUAUUGAAGGGAAUAGCAAUGCAAGUGAAAGGAAUAUUCUGGACCCAGCGGAUAGUUCUGAAGAAGAGGUCCCUUUACCUGACGCGACGUCGCCGGGGAGAAGUAGUGAUGGGCCGGAACCUAGAGCUGAUAUUACUGCUACUCUUGAAGGCGAGGCGGCGUCCCCCGGCGGGCGAUCGGACCGCUCGCGGCAGGAAGAGGUCCCGGCGUCCCCGGGGAUGCUGACGGCCGCGCAGCUGGCCAGGCGGCUCCGGCUCGAGAACGAACGCUUGCAGGCUGAACUAACACGAGUCCGUCGGCUGCUGGUAGCGGCAGCAGAGAGAGGCGAAGCUGGGACAGCGUUGCUAGAAAGAUCGAAGGCUGAAGGCGAAACAGACGCUGCGCCGCUCGACCCUCAAGUGCUGGAGAAGGAGCUACUGCUUGCCAGAGAGGCUGUCACGUCACUGAAAGCGGACAAAAAAAGGCUGAAAGCGGAAAAGUUUGACUUGCUCAACCAAAUGAAGCAACUGUACGCUACCCUGGAGGACAAAGAGAAAGAACUGCGAGACUUCAUUAGAAAUUAUGAGCAGAUGCGUUCCCGAGGCGGCGCGUCAUCCGCGCUCGGUGCUGAGCGAGCGGAGCGCGAGCGCGAACGAGCGGCGCUGCUGCGGCACGCUCGCGACGAGGCCGAACGUUCGCUGCAGCUUGCGGCUGCGCUUAGUGCGAGAGACACGCAGCUCAGGCAUGCCAGGGAGCAACUGUUUGAGGCAAGAAGACAGCUGCAAGCGGCCGGGUGUCUGUCUGAAGGUGAGAGCGUGGCGUCCCUCGGAUUAGGGCCCCCGAUGAUGCUGGGAGGACCCUCGGGGCUGGUCGGAGACCGGGGCAGCUGCAGCGCCGACUCUGGCGUCAGAGGCGAUUAUUCAGUGACAGGGAGCAGCGACGGUGGCGCCACGUCGGUGUGCGGGGGCAACCUGUCCGACUCCACUGCUGAGGGCGCGCCUCCACUAUUGGACCCGUACGACACGGAUGCCGCGUCACUUGUGUCUUCGGCUCACCAUAUUUAUCAAUUGAGCACGCCUCGAGACUGCAGUCCGACGUUGUCGCCACACAACAGCGCUUCUCCCUUUACGAGAUCCAUCGACGCGGGCUCUCUCUCAAGGUCGGUCGAGCAGCUCUCAAGCCCGGGUGAGGAUUCAGGGUUAGUGGGUGGACUACGGGCACGCUCUGGAGGCAAAGGUGCACGCGGCCGGGGUUCCGCUUGGGGCUCAAUCUCACGCGUUUUCGCUCGAUCCCGUCACCGCACAAAGUCUGGCAGCGCUGCGAACAGCGGACAUGAGAGUGAACCAGUGUACGCCGGCACGGGUUCCCGUGCCUGGUCGCCGCUCGGCAGCGAGGCAGCACUCCGCGAGGCAGCCUCGCUACCUCUCUCGCGGUGGAGGGCCCCUGCCAUCAUAGCGUGGUUGGAACUGGCACUAGGCAUGCCGCAGUACGCUGCCGCCGUCGCGGACAACGUCAAGAGUGGAAAGAUCCGUGCUUUGAAUGGGCAGGUUCUGCUCGAGUUGACGGACACGGACCUGGAGGCGGGGCUGGGCGUGACGCAGCCGAUGCACCGCAAGAAGCUGCGGCUGGCCAUUGAAGAGCGGCGCAGACCGGACCUGGUGCGCCAUCCGACCAUCGGACAGCUGACGCAUGCGUGGGUUGCGGCGGAGUGGCUACCAGACCUUGGACUAGCACAGUAUGCCGAGUCUUUCUUGGCGAGCCUGGUCGACGCGCGUAUGCUGGACACAAUCAGCAAGAAGGAACUUGAGAAGUAUCUUGGGGUCACGAGGAAGUUCCACCAGGCGUCCAUAGUGCACGGGAUACAUCUACUGAGGAUAAUGAAGUAUGACCGACAAGCGCUGGCUGUGAGGAGACAUCAAUGUGAAAAUGUAGAUGCAGAUCCUUUAGUUUGGACCAAUCAGAGAUUUAUGCGGUGGGCUCACAAUAUUGACCUAGGAGAAUUUGCUGAAAACUUGAAAGACAGCGGAGUCCAUGGAGGAUUAGUAGUACUAGAGCCAUCGUUUACGGGCGAGACUAUGGCCACGGCGCUAGGAAUUCCGCCAUCCAAAAGCAUUAUUAGAAGACAUCUCGUUACAGAAUUUGACGCUCUUAUCAUUCCAGCGAGGUAUACGAUAUUUUGCCAGGUGGAAGAACUGCAAGUGGAGGCUGCCCGAGCAUCCAUGUUGUCCACAAAACAAAGAUAAACCCACAAAGACAAAAAAGCUAUCCUUCAAAAAAUAAAUCCCGCUUUAACGCCAAACUUCGAAACUGUAUCUAUGUAAAAUUCCUUGUAUCAAGAUGUUUGUAAAGUUGCUAUUUUUACACAAAGCAUUUUUUGCAAAGUUUUUUAUGAUUCUUCCGUCAUAGCCGCUCGUUUGUGAAACGUUAUUAUGCGAAAGUAAACUUUACGAGCAGUGAAGACUGAUAAGGUACCUAUUGUAGGAGACGUGGUUUGUAAGUAAAUGAAUCUCACAAAAAUCAAGCGAUCGGAAACUAUUCUUUUGUACCCCUCGCCUUCGUCAAUGUUAGAGUCAAUGUUCACACGUAGCCCCCUAGAGACCCGAACUUGCCGUAGAUUAGAUUUGUCACAUCAGUGUUUACUCGAGAUCGAUCGAUCUUUAAUUAAUUAGUAAAUGUAUACAAUUUAAUUGAUAUUGACUUAAAGCAUUAAAUGCUUCGUAUUAUAUAGGGGGUGAAUCUGAUCCCAUUAACAAUACACGUUUUAAAGGAUUUGUUUUUAGUAUUGUCAAAAUUUUUAAUUAAUAAUGAGAUUUUGAACCAGUUCAUAAAACUGGAUUUUUUUCUAGUUUUAAAUUAAAACAGAACCAUUCGCAAUAGCUUUAGGGUUACAAUAAUAACAUUUAUUGAUACUGUAAAAUAACUAUGUUUUUGACUUGUAUACAUUCAUAAUUGUAAAUUGAAAAAACAGUGUAUAAUUAUUAGGUUCAGCUGUAACAAUAUCAAUUGACAUAUAAAUGUGAAUAAAUCCUGAUUAACGAGAUGAAAUAUAAAGGACUUGGCAACCUUUCUUUACCCCUUCACCCCUAUUUGGCGACCCUUGCGUCGGGACAGAACGGUAAAGACCAUUUGAUCGUUACAUCAUGAAUGCCUCUGUCAUCAUCAUGUAGACCGCACUGUACUCGGGCUCUAUCCACUCUUUCUCCUUUCAUUCAACAUUUAAUGUUUCAUGCCGAAAAUCACUUUCGACCACAUCGAUAUUUUGUGCUUGUUUUACUUUUGUCGUCUUCAUUGUUGUUUACAAUUUUAAUAUUCUGAUCAGAUUCGCAAAGGAAAGUGCUGCGUGACGUAAGUGCUGCAUUUUAGGCAAAUCGGGAAAAAGGAGAGAUGUGACGCAGUACUAUUCUUUGUAUACUCAUAUAUAAUGGUAAAAUGUUACCAACUUUAGGACUGGUUUUCUAAUCCCCAAAUAAUAGCACAAUAUUUGACUACCGUGUAAAAUUCAAAGGGUAUUAAAAAAUCAGACCUUUUUAUUUACUUCAAAUAAUUAAAUUUUGUUUAUCACAAUAAAAAAGCAUGAUUUGUUAUUUCAGCGAAGUGCAUCAUGCUUUUGGUGUCUAUGCAAUAACUCGACGAUUCACUUUUACAGCAACUAUGUGUUUUAGCUGUUAUCUUUGAUAAUUUAAAUUAGAAAAGUCAUAACUAAAAACAUUUAUAUUUACAUAAGGUUACGCAGGAGAAUUAAUUGUAAAAAUUUCCAAAAAGUUGCAUGUUAGCUUUUUGUGUAUUAGCCAUAAAAUAAACCCUUUAACUUCCUGAUAUUGUAAAUGAAAUUAAAUAAGUGUUCAACGAUUAGCCGUAACCGCUCUGCCUGGCUUUGAAGAUGUUAACCUGCUGGAGUGUAGCCAAGAUGACAUCGAUUCGU